UCAAGUAUUUAGAUGUUCCGCUUAUUUAUGGUAGACGGCUGCAUACCAAACGCACUAGGACUUCAUAUGUCAACAUCUGACGAGAAUGCCAAUGAGCCAUCUGUAGCAUCGCUACUAACUAAGCAAUCUCUCUCCUUAGUCAGCCAACCGAUUUCUUAAUUACUUAAGAGCCCCUCAAGACGACGUAAUUGCGAUAUCUCACCUUCCCCGCACAUCGAGAACUUUGAAUCUAUUGAUUCUACUCAGCCAGGAAGACUAAAGCCGCUACGAUAAAGAGAAAUGUCGCUCCCUCCGAAGUUCAAAGGCCAGAAACUGGCAACAGCAGACACGAAAAAUACACCACAUACACUUGAGCUCUACCUCGAUUAUGUUUGUCCUUUUUCAGCCAAGAUGUUUCAUACUUUCUAUAAAGACGUGAAACUAAUCAUCGCCGAAAAAUACCCUUCACAACUCCAGGUGAUAUUCAAGCAGCAGAUACAACCGUGGCAUCCCUCGUCGACUCUAGUCCAUGAAGCUGGCGCAGCUGUUUUGAAAGUGGCACCCGAAAAGUUCUGGGAAUUCAGCGAGGCACUGUUUCAGAAACAGACAGAUUUCUUCGAUCUCAAUGUCGUAAAUGAAACGCGUAAUGACACAUACAAGCGUCUCGCAGAGAUUGCUGCUAGCGUUGGAGUUGACAGUAAACAAGUCUUUGACCUUCUGGUCAUAGCCCCUCGUGAAGGAGGACAUCUGAAUGGAGGAAACGGUGUGACGGAUGACAUCAAACUGAUGAUCAAAGCAAAUCGCGUGAUCGGCGUUCAUGUGUCCCCGACCGUAUUUUUCGACGGAAUUGAGGAAAGAAGUAUCAGCAGCAGUUUCUCUGUUUCCCAGUGGGAUGAUUGGCUUCGCAACAACGUGGUUUGAACAGCAACCGGAGACAUAGCCAAAUGGAAUUAUGACAUAAUGCAUGCAUGGCUCAAGUGAUUUCAGGAUAAAGUUAGCUGAUGAUACGCAUUAGCAUUCCAGAAAGGCGCCUUUUGUAAUCCAUCAGAAUAGGUCAUGAAUAUCCUAAUAAUAUCUCGCUGUUCCACAGUCACCCCGUAAUGUAAUCACGUGUUUAAUUUUUGGUGAGAGUAACAAUGCGAAAGGAACAAGCAACGCCAAUGUCGACCGACCUCUACUGAUUUGCAGGAGGUUGGUAGUUGAUGGGUCGCCUAAAAUGUAUCAGUUAUGUCUUAGGAACAGCCAAAGUCAUACAUACUUAAAGAGUAGGAUAUGUGGCUCUGGUUCGUGAACUUCAUAAUGCUCCCAGCCUAGGCUCUGGUAGCGUGUUAGUAUGGACAUGCAAGAAAGAGGGUUAAAAAAACUG